AUGACUUUACACCCAAGUACAGCUAGUAGUCAUACACCUACGGAAUACACUUCGGACUUUGGAGAAUUCAUCAAAGUACCUUCUUCUCCUCCUAGACCGGAUGAGACGACAGUGACAGAAUGGGAGUAUAGAGGGGAAGGGAAAGCACAUAUCAUCUUUGGUUAUGUUGGUUUGAACACUUUUUACAGAGGGAAAGCAAUCAGAAUCAAGAAACAACUCAAUGAAAAGGAAGAGGAAGUGGAGAAAGUUUGGAAAAAGGAAUUGAGAAGGUUGAUAGAUCCUCAAUAUCUGUUGAGAGAAAAGAAAGUGGUCGUGAGGAGAGAAUGGGUCAAAGAUGUGUUGAAAAGAGCAGAGGGAAGGUCAGAGAAGAGAAAAGCCGAGUGGGAUGGGGGAGUUUUCGAGGUGAACAAGGAAGGAGAGAUGGAAGUUGAUUUGGUCGAUGAUCUCAGAACUGGGGUUGGGGAGGUGGAACAAGGGGAGAAAGUGGUUGUUAUAGAGAUCAAGCCAAAAUGGGGUUUCCUUCCAAACCCUCAACACAUUCAUCCAGCUGAAGCAGCACCUAUCAAAAGUCAAAAUUGUCGUUUUUGCAUGCACCAAUACCUCCGAGAUCCUACUCUCAUUCAUCAAGGACGAUAUUGUCCCAUAGACCUGUUUUCCGGGGAUGAAGUGAAGAUGCAAAAAGCUCUUGAGGGUCUGGUGAAGUUAUGGAAAUCGACUGGCGGGGUAGGGAAUAAUUGGAGGAUGUUUGUUGGACAGGAAAUCAUCAAUCCAGGUGAUCUGUCCAAACUCGUAUCCAACACUCCUGAAUCACUUUUACCCCACAUAACCCGACUUCUCAAAUCUACCGAAGUCCUAAACCUCCUGAAAUCACUUCAGAUGGCAUUCGACCCCACGGACAUUUCCGCCCUUGCCCAGCAGUACCGUAUCGAGUUCCCAGAGUCAGAGCUGUUCGACCCUUCUAACAUCCCCGAUCCUACAGCGGAAGAAAUCAAAGAUCUGGUUGAUCUACUCCUGUCCGAUCCAUCGCGGCGACUACAUGCACCACAAUCUACAGACUCACCAAGUCCUCCGACUACCUUGCGUACUCCGGCAAUAGUAGCGCCAAUACAUGAGAAAUGGACUUUCAGACAAAGAUGUGUAGCAUAUGGUCUUUCGGCAAUUUUCAAAGAUUGUUCAAUAUUCCUAACCCUCCAUCUGAUUGAUAAUCCUCAAUCGGAUGGAUCUGAAACAUGGAGUUUGGUAGAAGAUAAGUCGUCUCUCAAAAUCAUUGACCUUGAUCUUAAGCCUUUAUCAUUGAAGAAAUGGUAUGAUCUUGAUCAUUCCAUUUGGUCAAAUUGGUGUGAU